AUGUCAUUCUACGAAGGAAUUGGCUCUUCCCGCCACAAAGACCACCAAAACCAGUCCGACACGUUUUUGUCCCGCGUCUUUGGCCUCCAUUCCAUUUACAACAAUCUUCCCGAGAACUACAACUACUACGGUCACGAGAUCGAGCAGCUCGAGGAGUCCAGGCCGGCUGAAACCGGGCCUGUUCCGCUUCUGGACUCAGAAAAUGCAGAACAGCCGCCAUUGGCCGAGCCUCUUCUCCAGCUGGAACUGGAUCUGGACCUCUCUCUGGAUUCUGAAGAUGAAAGCCAGCAGCUGCCGUUUUUAGCCCCCAGACUGCUGGUGAAUGCUAGCAAGACAGAUCAGCAUGCACACGUGAAAUGGGGUACCGACGUGAACCGAUACGGCAAGGAUAGCGAAGAAGCUCUGGGAUCGAAAGGCCGUUUUACGCUGACCCAGGAGGAGCUUUUGCCUAUGUACAACGUGAAUGACGCGGCUUUGCAGCAUAGACGGGAACCUCGAGCUGAGCCUACUCCGUCGUUCCACACUCAGUACCAGAAAAAGAACCUCAACAGGGUGCUGAUUCCUCCAAGAGAGAGAGCCCUCUAUCUCUGGGCCAAUAUCGUCAAUAUGGACGAGUUUCUUAUUGAUAUUUACUACUACUACCGUGGCAAGGGCUUUGGCAAUAUCAUCGCUGGACGCUGUGUUGACAUCUUCAUCCUUGUGUUCAUUUUGUCCUUCACCACGUUCCUCAAGUGGGGCAUAGACUACGACUUGUUCUUCAACAGGUGGUCGUCUCACCUGGAGGUCUCCAUCACCUUGCUGGACUUGGUGAUCAAGGGCUUCUUCUGGUCGAGGGUGCCGUUCUCAGUGAAGGUUCUCUUGUUCGGCUUUUUUUGUUAUAUUGUGCUUCGAAUUGUGCAGUUGUACUUCGACUAUCGGUACAAAUUGCAAGAGCUUCGGAACUUCUAUGCUCAGCUUCUAAACAUCCACAGCGAGCAGGAGCUACUGACCAUUCUGUGGUCCUCGAUCGUCGAGAGCCUCAUGCUGUUGAAGGACUACAACUCCUUGACGUCAACCACACCCAAUCUCCCGCCUCACUACGUCAAUGACCUCAGUUCAAAGGUCAGACUCAACGCUCACGAUAUUGCCAAUCGAAUCAUGAGAAAGGAAAACUACAUGAUAGCAUUGAUCAACAAGGAUGUCCUAGAUUUGGCCAUUCCAAUGCCGUCAUUCCUAGGCAACAUUUUCUCCAGCAAGGCUGUGCUUACAAGAACCUUGGAGUGGAACCUCAAGCUUUGCAUCAACAACUUCAUCUUCAACGACAGCGGACAGAUCAAGCAGGCUAUCUUGAAGGAGGGUUCCAGAAAUAGUCUCUCACAGGAGCUUAGUGCCCGCUUCAAGAUGGCUGCCCUAAUCAACCUUUUUCUCUGUCCUUUCAUCGUGAUCUACUUCGUGUUGUUGUACUUUUUCAGGUACUUCAACGAGUACAAGUCGAAUCCAUCUUCGCUCGUUGGAUUGAGGCAGUACACUCCCUGGGCAGAAUGGAAGCUCCGUGAAUUCAAUGAGCUUCCCCAUUUUUUUAUGAAAAGAUUGCAACUCUCCAUUGGACCUGCAAGCACCUACAUCAACCAGUUUCCCAGCAGCUUCUUGGUAGUGAACGGCAUGACCUUGGUGAACUUUGUUUCCGGUGCCAUCACAGCUGUAUUGGUGAUUAUGGGUUUGCUUUUCGACGAUGAAGAGCACAACUUCUGGUCCUUUGAGCUUUCUCAAAACAGAACCUCACUCUUCUACAUCAGUAUCUUCGGUACGCUUUGGGCUAUUACUGCGAACUCUCUUAACAAUUCCACAGUUUCAAACUCAGCCGAAAGCUUGAAUCAAGGUGCUACCUUUUUCUACGACCCUGAAGCCAGCUUGCGUUAUGUGUCACAGUUUACCCACUACUUGCCAAGCUCAUGGAAUGGAAGGUUGCACUCAGUUGAGGUUAAGACUGAAUUCUGCGAGCUCUACAGCUUAAAGAUCAUCAUCAUUCUCAACGAGAUAUUGAGUUUGAUCUUGACGCCGUUCGUGCUCUGGUUCAAGGUGUCCAGUAACUCGAGUGCCAUCAUCGACUUCUUCAGAGACUACUCCAUCCAUGUGGAUGGGUUGGGUUACGUAUGCUACUUUGCAAUGUUCAACUUUGAAGAAAAGGACAAGAACAUGAUGCACAACAUGAACAAGAAGAAGCAAAGAAGACACGAGUCUAGGGUCAAGAAGGAGUCUAGAGAUAAAGCCAAACACUCCGAUCUGGAAGUAUCGAGCGACGACAUGAGUGACCCUGAUCUCAACAGCUACUACCAGGAUGACAAGAUGAUCAAGUCAUACAUGUACUUCCUCGAGAGCUAUGGAAAUGGCGAUCCCAAAAAGACGAGACAGCCUCAACGUGCGCAGCAGCUCAACAGCAGCCGGUAUCCACGUGCUGCUCCAUCGCCUAAAGAAGGACCAUCUUCAUCGUUGCACAUGUCCAAGGGUCAAUGGAACGGUCUGGCUUUGGACAGUGUAUACGAGUCCAAUUAUGCUCUAGGCGAAACAAGUACUCAUAGCGAGCCGCAGAGCCGAAAAGGCGUUUUGGGCAUGAUCAACCAGUUUUCCAAACAGCAGGCAGGUCGAUAA